CCUGAUUCGAAGUUUUGGUUUGUGAUUGUGAUUGGGGGUUGCGUGUUUCCAAAGUGUUUAUCAUAACAAACACGCUAUAGUUUACAGGUUUACACCCAGCUAAGUUUCAUAUCAUCAGUAAGAUUGUGGAACAUCUAUUUUUAACAAAACUUGAGGUGUGCUCAUCACGAUUCUACAAGAAGUUCGUUGUUUUCCACGAACAGUAGGCACGGUUUGAAUUUAACAAUUCCCACAUUUAAAAGUUUUUGAACAUUAGUUUAAUUGGUGUAGUCAACAAUGAUAAGCGUAGUUGUGCUUGAUUGAGGCUUAAGCUUCCACAGUGCUUUGUAAAGUUUUCCGAGUAAAAUAUAGGUUAUAAUUAUUGUUGCUGCAGAUUAUACGCUCAGUAGUGCGGUUUCCAGUUCUAGUAGAGAGUGCAGUGCUAUGCUGCUAUCAUAGAUAGACAUGUUUUAAAACUAUAAAAUACUUAAGUUUUUAUCAAUCUGCACCAUGGGUUUGACAGAACACAGCGCUACAAAAUUCUGCGAUCUAAGCUAGAUGAUCUAGGUUACCGGCAACCUCUAGCUUUAGAAUCUUCCGACCUUAUCCACACCAAGGAGGAAUUGGAUCAUUAUAAAAGUCUCCAUCUUCAAAAUCAAGAGAGAUAUGGCAACACCCGCUUAGGAAUUGAACCUUUGAAACAAGAAAACGAAAAAUUGGUACAUGAGUGUAAGAGACUGCGGCAAGCUUUAAGCGAGGAGCAGGAUGUCAACGAAAAACUUUUCAAAGAUUUGAAACAGCGUAUCCGUGCUCUAGAAAGCAACAAUUCUGACUUGGAGUUUGUCUGCUCCCAACAUUUAGAGAGAAUAGAUGAACUAUCAAUUAGCUGAAAAAGGACAGAAGAUCUUGCUGCUAAAGGGUAUCGGCAAGCCUACCUCCUCCUAUAAUAAGCUAUCAGUGCCAAAAACACAUCCCAAGAAACCUGCAUCAGGUGUCAGACAGGAAAGACGAUCUCCCGUCAAGUCGACAUCCACUGUGACGUCAUUGACCCAUCAUCCUGGUAGUAUUGUGACGUCAUUGACGCAUCAUCCUACAUCCAUUGUGACGUCAUUAUCGCAUCAGCCUACCUCAGGUGUGACGUCAGUGGCUGAUGUCUGUAACGCGUCCAAGAAGAAGAUCGACUCACUGCUCAAAGAGUUGGUCACUUUGAAACAGGAGAAGCUCGGAUAUCUGGAGGAAAUCGCUGCUGUACAGAGUAGGGUGGCAGCCAGAAACCAAGAGAUCGAGCGUUUGCAACAUAUGUUAGAGUUGGCCCAUAACACAGCUGGGAAAUGCCUGCUCAAUUGCUGUAAGGAACGCUGCUGUUGUAAUGCCAAUGCUAAUUCAGCUGGAAAUAGGUCCUCGUAUUUGGAGACACAGCUGAGAGAACAGUUAACAGAAUGCCAAGAACUGCAGCAUGAGGCAAUGUGCAGAGCCGUGAAGCUUGCCGAGAGGAAUGCUCAGCUUGAAGAACAGCUGAUUAAUCGCAGAAGUGCAGGAGGAACAAAUUGCAAAUGUGCCACGGAUGACCAGAAUACAGUACGCAAGCUGCAGGAGAAGCUAGAUUGCAAAAUACUUGAAAUAGAGGAACUGGAAAGUAAGUUGAAAGAUUUACAAAAGUCGAAUAAGGAUUUGGAAAGUGAGAAAGGAGCGAGUGAAUCAGCCAGUGAUGAGCAGAAGAAACUUCAGGAAAGAGUACACGAGUUGAAUAUUAUUGAGCGAGACCUGAUGAGCGAGAUAGAACGCCUAACGGAGAUUAACAGACGUCAACACGAUCGCAUCCAACAUUUGGAGAAUCGACUCUCGGAAAAUGAGAAAAAGUUGGCUGAAAACGAGGCAGAAAACAACGGUAAAAAUAAGCAAAACUCCAGGUUGAAAUGUGGGGAAAACAUGCCUGAUACCUCACAGCAUGCUAGAAACAGUUUUAACUCCACUGGAAAGUCCUCUAAUAACUAUGUCAGUUCGUUCGAGAUUGAUCGUAGAAGUAACCCGCAUGAAACUAGCACGCUAAAUGUUUCUUCAAGUGAUAAGAGCCCAGGUAUUAUUCACUUAAAACUUCUUUCUCUUUCUAAUAUAUUCUCUCUUUCUCUUCACUUGAUUGUAGUACUACUGUAUAAUAAUCAUUUCAAACAAAUGUCGUAUAAAUUAGAAUUGGAACCGUUUUGGGCUCCUUAAGCCUGCGGUACUUCUCUGGUAGUUGUGUUAUGUUAAGGCUGUGCAAAGGCUAAAAAUAAACUUUCUACUCGUGA